GUGUUUACUUCCGAAAUUUAUAUUGCUUGUGCAAUAAUUUGUUCAAUAUAUAAGUUGGUUUCAAUCACUUAUUUCUAUAAGAAAUAUUGUUACUAUACCAUAUGAGAGAAUGCCUAACGCAGCAAGAAAUAAGAGAACAAACAGGAGAACCUUUUCAGGCACUCACGACACGUGUCCUAUUUGUCAUGAGGAGAUCACUGCUUAUGCUGUUUCUCGGUGUAAUCAUCCUACCUGCUUCGUUUGUGCUAUAAGGAUGAGGGUUUUAAUGGAGCAAACCUACUGCUCUAUUUGCAGAGCUUCAACACCCAAGAUUCUCUGCACAAAGAAACCUUGUCGAUUUGAAGAAGUUGAUACAACGAAUUUCUUACGAAAUAAAGAAUAUGAUGGUAUACUCUUCGAAGAGAAUUCAAUUAAGAUAGAAGUUGAAGACCUACUACUGAAUCCGUGUCAAGUAUGUAAAAAGCUGUUUGAUAGCUUUUCUAGCUUGAACAUUCAUGUAAAAAGGGAGCAUGAAGUAUUCUUUUGCGAUUUGUGUUUGACAAAUUUGAAGAUAUUCACAUGCGAAAGAAAGCUAUAUAAUAGAUCCGACUUGGCUACACAUAGACGCAAGGGUGAUGCUGAUGAUAAAUCAUAUAGAGGUCAUCCUUUGUGUAAAUUUUGUGAUGAGAGAUUUUUCGAUAAUGAUGCUCUGGUUCGUCAUCUGCGGACAGAACAUUACUUUUGCCAUUUCUGCGAGGCCGAUCAAAUAUCAAAUGAAUUUUUCUCUUCGUAUCCAGACCUGAAGAAGCAUUUUAGAAUUAAGCACUUUCUUUGUGAAGAAGGAGAAUGUCAAAAAUCGCAAUUUACAAAUGCAUUUCGCACAGACAUGGAUUAUAGAGCCCAUAUUGCCAGAAAUCAUUCAAACAAAAUGAGCAAACAAGAAGCGAAACAGAUACGAACAUUUGGAAUUGACUUUUCCUAUAGAGGAGGACGAGGACGACGUUACGGUGGAAGAGGAACCAGUGAGCAUGAACCUGUAAACGAUAAUUUAAAUAGCUCAUUUGAGGAGCCUAAAGAACCUGAGAAAUUCAGCGAAAAUCCUGAGGAUUUUCCAACUUUAGAUGGCAGAGUUUUAGGCGGCUCAAAUUCAGAUAAAGAAAAAGGCUCGGAGUCCAAAGAUACAAUGGCUCGCAGGCUUGCAUUUAAUACAGGUCAGUCAGUUCAAGAAGGUGAAAUGGGAGACUUUCCUGCUCUUAAUAAAGAAACGAGAGUUAGCAAUAAUUCGGGAAAAUGGGUUAGAGGUGUUCAGAAAGAGACGCCAAAAUCACGCGCUUCUGAUGACUUUCCACAAUUACCAAAGAGUCAGAAACCAAUUUCUUUAUCCUCCCGUCCAGCACAUAAUCCUGCACCAGCUCAACCUCGAGUAGUUAAAGAAAAACCGAAAACCCCUGCAUAUUCUAUUAAUGAUGAUGAUUUCCCUGAUAUACCUCAAAGUAAACAUAUACCAUUUGGAAACGUGCUAUCCCAAGCUCCGGAAUCGAAAAUUUCGAUUACAAACCCUUCGGAGAUAAGAAAUUCACAAGCAACUUAUAAUGUUACACAAUAUAAACGGCCUGAUGUCUCCAAUACUGAUGAUUUUCCAGCUUUAGGAAAGCCUAAAGCUAAUGUAAAGGCACCCACACCAGGCGUAUGGAAAGCACAAAGUAAAAAAGAAAAAAAGAAAAAAAUUGAACCAGAACCAGAAGAAGAUCCAAUUCCGGGCUUAUUACUAGGUGAAAUUGCCGGUUUAAUAAUAAGUACUAAGCAGAAAGGAAAAUCAAAUCAUAAAGAGAAGGAAGGAACUGUAAAAGCAAAUUUAAAAGAGAAGGAAGAAAGUUCAGCAACUGAGAAAUUAGAAAAAUUAGAUGAAAACACAUCGCUGAAAUCUACUAACGAAGUGAAAAGUUUAAAGAAGCCACCACCCGGAUUUGAGACAGUUCCCAGACGUCUUAACAUUGAACAGACUGCAGCUAUCCUUUACUUGCCCGUAGAAGAUUUCCAUCUUCGCAAUGAAAAGUUACAGAAAAAAAUUACAACUUAUCUGCACGAUUUUUCAGACUCACUUGAAAAAUUCAAGGAAUUAGCGCAAAACUUUCGGCAAAGUCUUUUAACUGGCCAAGAAUACUUUAUAGAAUGUCAGAAGUUGAUUGGUGUCGAGGAAUUUAAGGGGAUUGUUGAAGAAUUAAUAGCUCUCUUGCCAGAUAUAAGUAAACAAAAUGAGUUAUUAUCCGUUUUCAAUACGAUGCAGGCCAAGGAUAGUAAGCGCAAGAGCUGGAAAAAGAAUGAACAUUCAUUGGUUACUUGUCCAAAUUGCAAACAGGUUUUAAGAACUGGUGAUAAACGUAAUCACGAAUUAUCACACUCAAGUGAUCAAUUAGAUUUUCCAGAACUAGGUUCCGCCCCAAGUAAUCGAUUUGGAAUGAAUUCUUGGAGUGGAAAACUUACUUGACAGCUGAAUUAGGUUGUAAUAUAAUUAUUAUUUGUUUCUAGAUAUGAUUUCGCUUUAGUUCACUUUGAUAAAUUUCAAAGUUUAGUGUAUGUACUGUGUUAAUGGGAUUUGAAUAAAAGAGAAAUACAACUUUGGGAGCUGCCUAAUAAAUGAAUUAUGUAUUAAUUUUUCGUUCUACAAUUAAAUGACUCCAAAUAAAAUUUAUUGAGUUAUGA